UCCAAGCAAGGCUUUCCCAACCAGGCACAUGCCCACCAUACCCAAUUUCGCUCCGGGGGUCGCCUUUGCCUGCCUCGCCUGCGAAACACUCCACCAAACCCGAGUCCUCGUCGCCUUUGUUGCCGCCGUUCCGUACAUUUCUCCCUGACAUCCGACUGCGACUGCAACUGCAAAUACUUGUGCGACUUGCCUUUUGACUUGACAAAGAAUACAAACAAAACCGCACCCCUUGCAUUGUUGGGGGGCCUCGAAAUCAAAUACCCCAUUCGCAUUCACCACUCGCUUGACCCCGCCAACGACUCGGCUGCUUGAACACCCACCACCGUCUUGCGACUACCUACCUCCGCUACCGAAGGAAACAUAAAUACGCUCUCUUCCUUUUCGAAUCGACGACCUCCCUCGCGCAAUCACACCUCAAAACCAAGAGUUUCUGUCGCCCAACAUGGCCCUGCCCAAGCGUAUCGUCAAGGAGACAGAGCGUCUCAUGGCUGAGCCUGUCCCUGGUAUCAGCGCUGUCCCCCACGAGGACAACCUCCGCUACUUCGAUGUCGAGAUUCAUGGCCCUACGCAGUCGCCGUACGAGGGCGGUGUCUUUAAGCUUGAGCUCUUCCUUCCCGACGACUAUCCCAUGACUCCCCCCAAGAUCCGCUUCCUGACAAAGAUCUUCCACCCCAACGUCGACAAGCUGGGCCGUAUCUGCCUCGAUGUCCUCAAGAACAACUGGUCCCCCGCGCUCCAAAUCCGAACCAUUCUCCUCUCUAUUCAGGCCCUCCUGGGUGCCCCCAACCCCGACGACCCGCUUGCUGCCGACGUAGCCAAGAGCUGGAAGGAGGACGAACAGGCAGCGAUUGCCACGGCCAAGGAGUGGACCGUCAAAUUCGCCGUACCCAAGUAGAAUAGAGAACUCCAGAGGCCGGGAGGCGAUGGUGUUUAUAUAUGUGUGAGACGGGGUGACGGUGCGAGGAGGGCGGCUACGGCAAAGAGCCUAGGUGGACUCAUCUGCUAGAUCAAGCCUAGGCGGAUCUUGCAAGGACGACGGUGACGGUUUUACUGUUGGGCUCCAUCCCGUGGACUUUGUAGAGACAGCCUUGUUUGGAUGAUUUGAAGACUGCGGUCGCUGACUUAUGGCUGGCGGACAUGACGGUUGAAAUUUUUUGGUUGCGAGAGACCAGUGCAUUACGCCUUAACGAACUUUUUCAACAUUGAGAGGGACUGUCUUCAUUCAUCAUUCGGUCACAUGACGAUUCGCGGUUGGGAGUGGUGUCCCAAACCCCAUGGGGCG